AUGCGAGAGUACUCAUGGCCGGGACCAAUCAGACGAGAAGACGGCAGAGUAUGUGAGACCGCGCAGGAGUACUUCUGUGGGCCAUUUUUUGACAAUAACGGUCGCUUUUUCUACGAAGACUUGAUCCCCGACCGCAAACUAGACGACACAGUAUCCUUUCUUGCAGGAGGUGAGAGGGAAGCGUUCCUGGAUUUCGCCAAGAGAAUGCUUGUCUGGCAUCCAGAUGCGAGAAAAACGGCUGGCGAACUGGCGGGGCAUCCUUUCCUUCAACCAAGGCAAAGAAGCGCCUGA